UGGUGGGCUCCUGUGGGUCUGCACUGCACCCCAACCACGGACAGGCAGUGUUCUGAAAGGCCACACAGCCGCACCCCGAUGGGUAGAGUGUCGUCAGCCGUGUCCCAAAACUCCAGAAUCUCCCUCCCUGUCUCCACAUCCAUGAAGGACUCAUCUUGCAUGAAGGUACACCAGGACUCUGCCCGCAGGGACAAAUGGUCACACCCCACCACCAUCUUGCUUCACAAGUCGCAGAGCAGCCAGGCCACACUGAUGCCACAGGAGCACAGGAUGUUCAUGGCGGAAGCCUACAGUGCAGCCACCUGCUUCAAGAUGCUGCAGGACAUGAACAGUGCCGACCCCUUCCACUUGAAGUACAUCAUCAAGAAGAUCAAGAACAUGGCUCAUGGCUCCCCCAAGCUGGUGAUGGAAACCAUCCACGACUACUUCAGAGACAACCCAGAAAUCUCCAGCAGGCACAAGUUCCGGCUGUUCCAGACCCUGGAGAUGGUCAUCAGGGCCAGUGACGUCCUGGAGGAGACCUGGGAGAAAACUUUCACACGGCUCGCUCUGGAGAACAUGACCAAGGCCACGGAGCUGGAAGACAUAUACCAGGACGCGGCCAGCAACGUGCUGGUGGCCAUCUGCAGGCACUCGUGGCGGGCGGUGGCGCAGCAUCUGGAGACGGAGCUCCUGACGGGCGUCUUCCCACACAGAAGCCUCCUCUACGUGAUGGGCGUCCUGUCCUCCAGCGAGGAGCUCUUCAGCCAGGAAGACAAGGCCUGCUGGGAAGAGCAACUGAUCCAGAUGGCCAUCAAGUCAGUCCCGUUCCUGAGCACGGAUGUGUGGUCCAAGGAGCUGCUGUGGACACUCACCACGCCCAGCUGGACCCAACAGGAGCAGUCCCCUGAGAAGGCCUUCCUGUUCACCUACUAUGGGCUAAUCCUUCAAGCUGAAAAAAACGGUGCCACAGUCAGGAGACACCUGCAAGCCCUCCUGGAAACAUCCCACCAGUGGCCCAAGCAGAGGGAGGGCAUGGCUCUGACCUUGGGGCUGGCAGCCACACGCCACCUGGAUGACGUCUGGGCCGUCCUGGACCAGUUUGGCAGGAGCAGGCCCAUCAGAUGGAGUCUCCACAGCUCCUCCCCAAAGAACUCGGAGGACCUGCACUGGAAAUGGGCCAGCAGCACCAUCCUCCUGGCAUACGGCCAGGUGGCAGCCAAAGCCCGGGCCCACAUCCUCCCGUGGGUGGACAACAUCGUGUCCAGGAUGGUCUUCUACUUCCACUACAGCUCUUGGGACAAGACCCUGAAGCAGAGCUUCCUCACAGCCACCCUGAUGCUGAUGGGUGCGGUGAGCCGGAGUGAGGGCACCCACAGCUACGAGUUCUACCAGACCUCUGAGCUCCUCCAGUGUCUGACGGUUUUGAUGGAGAAGGAGCCCCAGGACACUCUGUGCACGCGGAGUCGCCAGCAGGCCAUGCACAUCGCGUCCAGCCUCUGCAAGCUGAGGCCUCCCAUAGACUUGGAAAGGAAGUCUCAGCUCCUGUCCACCUGCUUCCGCAGCGUGUUUGCCCUGCCACUGCUGGAUGCCCUGGAGAAGCACACCUGCCUCUUUCUGGAGCCUCCCAACAUCCAGAGCCUGUACAGCAGGACCAUGGAGGCACUGGACUUCAUGCUGCAAAGCCUCAUCAUGCAGAACCCCACCGCCGACGAGCUGCAUUUCCUGCUGUCGCACCUGUACAUCUGGCUGGCGCCGGAGAAGGCGCAUGAGCGGCAGCGGGCUGUGCACAGCUGCAUGAUCCUCCUCAAAUUCCUGAACCACAAUGGCUACUUGGACAUGAUGAUUCCCGUACUCUUAACACAGCCAAAAGAGGACUUCAAAAGGAUUGGGCAAUUGGUGGGCAUACUGGGGAUGCUGUGCCAGGACCCAGACAGGGCCACCCAGCGCUGCAGCCUGGAAGGGGCAAGCCAUCUCUACCAGCUCUUGAUGCGCCACAAAGCAGGAGAAGCUUUGCAGGCAGAAUCACAGGCCCCCAAGGAGCUCUCCCAGGCCCAUUCGGACGGAGCCCCACUCUGGAACAGCAGAGACCAGAAGGCCACUCCCCUGGGCCCCCAGGAGAUGGCAAAGAACCACAUCUUCCAGCUCUGCAGCUUCCAAGUCAUCAAGGAUAUCAUGCAGCAGCUCACACUGGCAGAGUUGAACGACCUCAUCUGGACGGCCAUCGACGGCCUGGGCUCCACCAGCCCCUUCCGCGUGCAGGCGGCCUCCGAGAUGCUGCUCACAGCCGUCCAGGAGCACGGGGCCAAGCUGGAGAUCGUUUCCAGCAUGGCCCAGGCCAUCCGCCUCCGCCUGUGCUCUGUCCACAUCCCCCAAGCCAAGGAAAAGACCCUGCACGCCAUCACCCUGCUGGCCCAGAGCCACACCCGCGAGCUGGUGGCCACCUUCCUGAACAUCUCCAUCCCCUUGGACAGCCACACCUUCCAGCUGUGGAGGGCCCUGGGGGCCGAGCAGCCCACGAGCCACCUGGUGCUGACCACACUGCUGGCCUGUCUGCAGGAGCGACCCCUGCCCACCGGUGCCAGCGACAGCAGCCCCUGCCCCAAGGAGAAGACCUACCUGCGCUCGCUGGCUGCCAUGAACAUGCUGCACGAGCUGCAGUUUGCCCGGGAGUUCAAGCAGGCCGUGCAGGAGGCCUACCCCAAGCUCUUCCUGGCCCUCCUCACCCAGAUGCACUAUGUCUUGGAGCUGAACCUGCCCGGCGAGCCCCAGCCCAAGCAGCAGGCCCAGGAGGCAGCCGUGCCCAGCCCCCAAAGCUGCAGCACGUCACUGGAGGCACUGAAGAGCCUGCUGUCCACCACAGGGCACUGGCAUGACUUUGCCCACCUGGAGCUGCAGGGAUCCUGGGGGCUCUUCACCACCAUCCACACCUACCCGAAGGGCGUGGGCCUCCUUGCCAGGGCCAUGGUGCAGAACCACUGCAGGCAGAUCCCAGCGGUGCUGCGUCAGCUGCUGCCCAGCCUGCAGAGCCCACAGGAGCGUGAGAGGAAGGUGGCCGUCCUCAUCCUCACCGAGUUCCUCUACAGCCCUGUCCUGCUGGAGGUGCUUCCCAAACAAGCUGCCUUGACCGUGCUGGCACAAGGCCUCCGCGACCCCAGCCCUGAGGUCCGCGUGUUGAGUCUGCAGGGCCUAAGCAACAUCCUCUUCCACCCAGAUAAGGGAAGCCUGCUCCAGGGACAGCUGCGGCCCUUCCUCGACGGCUUCUUCCAGAGCAGCGAGCAGGUGAUCGUGUGCGUCAUGGGCACCGUGUCAGACACGCUGCACCGCCUGGGCGCGCAGGGCACAGGGAACCAGAGCCUCAGCGUUGCCAUCAGCGCACGCUCCUUCUUUAAUGACGAGCGGGACGGGAUUCGGGCGGCAGCCAUGGCACUGUUCGGGGACCUGGUGGCAGCCAUGGCAGACAGGGAGCUGAGCGGCCUGCACCAGGUGCAUCAGAGCAUGGUGCCCCUGCUCCUGCACCUGAAGGACCAAUGCCCAGCUGUCGCCACGCAGGCCAAGUUCACCUUCUACCGCUGUGCUGUGCUGCUCCCCUGGCGGCUACUGCACACCCUCUUCUGCACGCUGGCCUGGGAGAGGGGCCUCAGCGCCCGCCACUUCCUCUGGACCUGCCUGAUGACCUGCAGCCAGGAGGAAUUCAGCAUCCACUUGUCACAGGCCCUCAGCUACCUGCACAGCCACUCCUGCCACAUCAAGACCUGGGUGACACUCUUCAUAGGCCACACCACCUGCUACCACCCCCAGGCCGUGUUCCAGAUGCUGAAUGCUGUGGACACCAACCUGCUAUUCCGCACUUUUGAACAUCUCAGAAGUGACCCUGAGCCCAGCAUCCGGGAAUUCGCCACCAGCCAGCUCUCCUUCCUCCAGAAGGUGUCGGCCAGACCCAAGCAGUGACCUCCAGCCAUCCUCCCCCACCCACCGCCUUCCCCUCCCGUGUCCACCUGGUCAGCCCUGCCCCAUCCGCCCCCCACAG